AAGGCCCACCAAGCAUAGAAGUGAAGGGAUGAAGAUUUAUCGAGAUGCUGUUGUAGAUUAUUAAGAGCUGUUAGUGGCCGUGCUGGAAUACAUGGUGAGCGUUUAUUUUCCUACACGCCUGUCACUGGGUUUUGCUCAUGGAAGGAAAAAAUACAAUGACACCGGGAUGAUCACUAAACGGAUUUGAGCUACAAACGUAAGAUGUAAGCCGUUGUUGGGGAAUAUGAUUCAUGCGCAGGCAAUUAUUAUUUCCCAGGAAUCGAUGUGCUUACAGCUGGCGGGUCACUAUGCUGCUACACCUGUGUAGUGUGAAGACUCUGUACCAGAACAGGUUUCUUGGUCUGGCGGCCAUGGCCUCUCCCUCUCGGAACUCCCAGAACAGGCGCCGAUGUAAAGACCCUAUCAGAUAUAGUUACAACCCAGACCAGUUCCAGAAUGUUGACAUCAGAAAUGGCCACCGUGAAGCUCUUAGCAUUCCAAGAUCUAACAGCGACACAGACCUGGUGACAUCAGACAGUCGAUCAGCUUUAAUGGUCAGCACAUCUUAUUACACCAUAGGACAGUCCCAGGAUUUGGUAAUCUAUUGGGACAUUAAGGAAGAAGUUGAUGCAGGGGACUGGAUUGGGAUGUACCUCAUUGAUGAAGUCCUUUCUGAAAAUUUUCUGGAUUAUAAGAACAGAGGGGUUAAUGGAUCUCACCGAGGACAGAUUGUCUGGAAGAUUGAUGCCAGCUCCUACUUCCUAGAACCCCAAACAAAAAUCUGCUUCAAGUAUUAUCAUGGAGUGAGUGGAGCUCUGAGAGAAACAACCGCAAGUGUCACUGUGAAGAAUCCUUCAGCACCAAUUUGUAAAAAUCCUAUCAAUGAAGAUGUAGCCCAGGGACAGGGUAGUCGUAGACUGAUCAGCUUUACUUUAUCAGGUUUUCAAGCAGCUAGCCUGAAGAAAGGGAUGUUCUUCAACCCAGAUCCUUAUCUAAAGAUCUCCAUACAACCUGGAAAGCAUACCAUCUUUCCUGCCUUACCUCACCAUGGCCAAGAGAAAAGAUCAAAGAUUGUGUAUAAUACCAUCAAUCCAGUGUGGCAAGGGGAGCUUACUUUUGAUGCAGCACGGCAACAUUUGGUGUCUAAUAUUUACAGGAAGCCCACCUUCUCGAAUUCGUACCUACAUUUUGAUAGCUGGCAUCCGGACCAUAUAAAAAAAGCCAUUAUUAAGGGGCAAAUGGUCAGAGCUGCCCGCAUGGUUAGCGAGGAGGAGGACUUCCAAAUGGAAUUAAAUUUCAUGACUCAAUUAUUUUUGAACAGGGGCUAUCCCAAAUUUUUAUGUGAUGAAAUCAGAAGUGAGAUACAAUUCAAAAGGGAUGGAGGUUUUUAUGUACCCAUCCUUAAAAACAACAAUGAUCUGUUCACUAGCACAUGUGACUUUGGGAUUAAUAAUAUAAAAUUUAAAGAACAUUUCCUGUAUGUUUUGACCUACAAUGCUGACACUGUGUACAUUACUAAGCUGAUUGAGAAGAAUUGGGCAGCCUUUUCUAAACUUAAUGAAUUUUCAGAAUUAGCUAAGCGUAAACUUAAGUUUAUAUUUAGGAAGGACAAAACUAUGAAGGACAUUUUUGAAUAUUGUGCCAGGUCAGACAUUAAUCCGUUUAAAAAUUUGGGCACCAAUAACUAUCACAUUGUUUUCCACAGGGACAGGGUUGUUAACUAUACACUGAGUGGCAGAAUUCCAACAGAUCAUGUAAGUGGACAGCUACAGUUCAGAGUCACGAUAGCAUCUUCAGUUCAUACAGAUGAUGAAGAAGUAUCAGUUAGUACUGAAACAGAGUCAGCUGGACUUCAGGAAAACCAUACGAGUCAGAUGACGCAAGAGAAUCUUUGUGAGACCCUUUGUUCAGAAGAAGCACCUGAUGUGAGAACUGUAGAACUGGAGAUUCCAAAUGAAUGCAUUACAGAGACCAUCAACGAGGGCUCUUUCGAUGUUGCAGCUUUGCCAGUUGAAACUAGCUGCACUGAAUCAAUUAAAAAUAUCCCUGACGGGGGAGAUUCUGACACAGAACCACCAGGUGCUGCAGACUUGAAAGAGCCUGCAAGAGUUGAUGAGCCCUUUGUUGGCACUACAGAGUCAGAUAAACAAGAGGCUGAGCAGGUAGAUGAAGUUUUCUCAGCUGAAGAAACAUCUGAAGUCGAAGAAAAUGAAGUCAGUGUUCUCACUCAGGAAGGACGUACACCAGAGACCCCUUUACAGGUGAAUACUGAAGAACUUGCUUCUGAUGCAGCAGGGAGUAAGGAGCAGGAAGAAGGCAGUAAUGAUUAUGACGGAACAGAUUUGGCUCAACAAGGGGAGCACACACUUGUCUUGCGAACUACAGUAAAAAGGAAAAGCAGGCCAUGUUCCUUGCCUGUGUCUGAGCUUGAGACUGUCAUAGCUUCAGCCUGUGGAGAGCCUGAAACACCUCGUACCCACUACAUUCGGAUUCAUCAUCUGCUUCAUAGCCUUCCCAUGGCACAGAUGACGCAUGAUGCAGAUGACAUUCUGAAUGGAAUUGAUGCAGAGGAGGGUACGGAAAAGGACACAACAGCUAGUGACACUUUGAUAGCACAGAUGAGUGCUAGUGAAGAAGAGGGUGGCAUAGGUAAUGAGCAGAACUUGCUAAGUAGUGAUUCUGAUGCCCACCUCCCUGACUUAAACCACGUCUCAGAUGGUGAGCAGCAGAGAACUGAAAGUGAGAGUGAGUCAAGCUGCCGGCAUCAUGGUGAUAAUGACUAUGACGUUUGUGACAUGUCUUGUUAUAGUACGUCUUGUUACAGCACUUCCUGUUACAGUACCUCAUGUUAUAGUACCUCAUGCUAUGAAGGCAACAACAGGUUCUCAAGCCACACACGCUUCUCUUCAGUAGACAGCACACGGCUUUCUGAAAGCACUGUCUUCUCCUCACAGGAUGAGGAAGAAGAAGAAGAAAACAGUGCAUUUGAGUCAGUUCCAGAUUCUCUGCAAAGUUCUGAACCUGACAGGGAGCAAGGUGAAAGCUGUAUCCAGUGGCCUGACACACCUGUCAUCCUAGAGGAGAGUCCAACAACGUCAAGAGGGGAUCUACAGUCACCACUUACAGGUCCAAUUGGCAGAGUACCAGGAGACUGUCCCCUUCCACACAGUACACACCCUGGCAGCCAUCUUCCAUCACUAAGACCAGACUCCCACCAUCACUAUCCAACAAUUGAUGAACCUCUGCCACCAAACUGGGAAGCACGGAUAGACAGUCAUGGAAGAGUGUUUUAUGUGGAUCAUAUAAAUCGCACCACCACCUGGCAACGACCAACAACUGCUGCUACUCCAGAUGGAAUUAGGCGCUCCAGUUCAGUCCAACAAAUGGAACAACUUAACAGAAGGUAUCAGAAUAUACAGAGGACUAUUGGAACAGAGAGGUCUGAGGACAUUCCUUCUAUACGUCGCACUGACAGUCCCAGCGCCAUUGCAGGGAAUGAUAGUGAUACAGACAUUUCUCAACCUCAGACAGAGUUCAGAAGAGAAGAACCAUUGUCCCCUGUGAAUUCCCAGAAAAUCAACCUUUUGCUGCAGUCUCCUGCUGUGAAGUUUAUCACGAAUCCAGAGUUCUUCACUGUGCUCCACGCAAACUAUAGUGCCUAUCGUGUGUUUACAAACAGCACCUGCCUGAAACAUAUGAUUCUCAAGAUCCGCAGGGAUGCAAGAAAUUUUGAAAGGUAUCAGCAUAACAGGGACCUGGUGAAUUUUGUCAACAUGUUUGCUGAUCCAAGACUGGAGCUGCCUCGUGGCUGGGAGAUCAAAACUGACCAGCAAGGGAAGUCCUUUUUUGUUGACCACAAUAGCCGGGCUACAACCUUUAUAGAUCCACGAAUUCCCCUUCAGAAUGGCCGCCUUCCAAACCAUUUGACACACAGACAACAUCUUCAGCGACUCCGUAGCUACAGUGCUGGAGAGGCAUCAGAGGUUUCAAGGAAUAGGGGAGCAUCCCUUUUAGCUAGGCCAGGUAACAGCCUGGUUGCAGCCAUUCGGAACCAGCACCACCAGGAGUCAGUGCCACUGGGAUAUAAUGAAAAGAUUGUAGCAUUUUUACGUCAACCAAACAUUUUUGAAAUGCUUCAGGACCGACAGCCAAACCUGUCUCGGAACCAUGCCCUCAGGGAGAAAAUACAUUACAUCCGGACAGAAGGAAUACAUGGUGUUGAGAAACUGUCUUGCGAUGCUGACCUAGUGAUGCUGUUAAGCCUCUUUGACGAUGAGAUUAUGUCCUACGUUCCUCUGCAGGGUGCCUUUCAUCCCGGCUACAGUUUUUCACCUCGUUGUUCUCCUGGAUCCUCACCUCAGAACUCACCAGGCUUGCAACGAGCAAGAGCUCCUGCUCCUUACAGAAGAGAUUUUGAAGCCAAACUGCGAAACUUCUAUCGAAAGCUCGAAGCCAAAGGUUAUGGUCAAGGUCCAGGUAAAAUCAAAUUAAUAAUACGCAGAGACCAUUUGUUGGAGGGCACUUUCAAUCAGGUGAUGGCAUAUUCCCGUAAGGAGCUCCAGAAGAACAAGCUUUAUGUCACAUUUGUUGGAGAAGAAGGCCUUGACUACAGUGGUCCAUCCAGAGAAUUCUUCUUUCUCCUUUCCCAAGAACUCUUCAACCCGUAUUACGGUUUGUUUGAAUAUUCUGCAAAUGAUACAUACACUGUACAGAUCAGCCCCAUGUCUGCAUUUGUGGAAAACCACCUUGAAUGGUUCAGGUUUAGUGGCCGUAUCCUUGGUCUUGCUUUGAUUCACCAGUACCUUCUAGAUGCAUUCUUCACAAGACCUUUCUACAAAGCACUGCUGAGACUCCCCAGUGAUCUCAGUGACCUAGAAUAUCUGGACGAGGAGUUCCAUCAGAGUUUACAGUGGAUGAAAGACAAUGACAUCACUGAGAUUCUGGACCUCACCUUUACUGUCAAUGAAGAAGUCUUUGGACAGGUUACUGAAAGAGAACUGAAGUCUGGAGGGUCUAAUAUCCAAGUGACAGAGAAAAACAAGAAAGAGUAUAUUGAGCGGAUGGUAAAGUGGCGAGUUGAGAGAGGUGUGGUGCAGCAAACAGAAGCUCUAGUACGGGGGUUCUACGAAGUGGUGGACUCUCGACUUGUGUCUGUAUUUGAUGCCAGAGAACUAGAACUGGUUAUAGCAGGUACUGCAGAGAUUGACCUUAUUGACUGGCGCAACAGUACAGAGUACCGUGGAGGAUACCAUGAUGGACAUAUAGUGAUACGAUGGUUCUGGGCUACAGUGGAGAGAUUUAACAAUGAACAGCGGCUACGCUUACUUCAGUUUGUGACAGGAACAUCCAGUGUUCCUUAUGAAGGCUUCUCUGCACUCAGAGGUAGUAAUGGACUUCGAAGAUUUUGCAUAGAAAAAUGGGGAAAGAUUACAUCACUUCCUAGGGCGCAUACAUGUUUCAACCGCUUGGAUCUUCCUCCAUACUUGUCAUAUUCUAUGCUGUUCGAGAAGUUAGUGAUUGCUGUGGAAGAAACUAGCACGUUUGGGCUUGAGUGAAGAAUCAUCUAUUGCAAUGUUAUUAUUGCGUCCACUUUCUAGUAAUGACUUUGUGGACAAAGGCAUCAGCUGUGUUCUUGUUAUCCACAGGGUUUUCAAAUGUGACUUUUAUACCUUGACUGAAAGCACCCCUGCAUGAAGAACAGAAGUAACAAAAGUCUGCCACCAUUCCUUAUUUUUCAGAACAGCCAUAUCAUGUUUUAUAGUUGACACAGCAGACACAGCUUACUGAAAAUGUUUACUUCUACCUUCUUUACUACUGACCAAACUGCAACCUCCAGUACUCAGAAAUGCCGUGUUAAUUAAAUAAACUUAGGACAUCUUCCAGA